GCGUGCGAGCGGCGCGUCCCCAUUGGGCCGCUCGCAUUUGAGCACCAAAUUCAAAGAUUUUAAAAGUACCAGCUGGCGCCUUUUAAGAGAUUGAGCUCUGUGAAGCAGACGGCUCUCUCUUAGCCUGAAGCGGAUCCCACGUCCACUGGUAUGAGCCGGCUACCCUGCGGCUGCUCCCCACGGCCACCGCCUUGCUCCUGCAGCUCCAGCUCCAGCACCGUGACGGCCGCCGGGCGCCCUCGCCCCUCGGACGGUUGUGAAAAAGAAAGUUCCACUCUUUCUGUCAAAAUGAAGUGUGAUUUUAAUGGUAACCAUGUUCGUUCUGGACUGAAAGUGGUAAAAUCUGAUGAUAGUGGAAGACUGAGUUCCUACACUCCUACAUAUUUGGAAGGUUCUUGUGAAGACUUCAUCAAAGACAAUGAAAGGUUAUCACAUAAUGGGUCACCAACUGUGAGUCCUCCUAGGAUUGUCGAACUUGAAAGUGAAGGCAAGCCCCUGCAUAACAAGGAAAAUCAACAUGUGCAGCAAACACUUAAUAUUACAAAUGAAACAGAAGAACUAGAAACCAGUAGAUUAUAUGAAGACAGUGGCUAUUCCUCAUUUUCUCAACAAGGAGGCCUCAGUGAACAUGAAGAGAGUAGCCUUCCUCUGGAGGACGAUUUCAGUGACAGUCCACAAUCCUGCCUGCUACAGAUGCAAAGCCCAGACCAAUAUCCCAACAAAAACUUGCUGCCAGUUCUUUAUUUUGAAAAAGCCGUUUGUUCAACAUUAAAAAAGAAUGCAAAACGAAAUCCUAAAAUAGAUCCAGAAAUGCUGAAGGAAAUUAUAUCCAAUGGAAAUUUUAGACUAGAGAAUAUAAUUGGCAGGAAAAUGGGCCUAGAAUGUGUAGAUAUUCUCAGUGAACUGUUUCGAAGGGGACUCAGACAUCUCUUAGCAAAUAUUUUAGCACAGCUCAGUGAUAUGGACUUAAUCAAUGUAUGUAAAGUGAGCACAACUUGGAAGAAGAUUCUAGAAGACGAUAAGGGAGCAUUCCAGUUGUACAGUAAAGCAGUGCAAAAGGUUACUAAAAACAUUAAAUUUUCAACACAUUCUACAACCAGAGAAUAUGUUAUGUUCAGAACUGCAUUAGCUUCUGUUCAAAAGUCAGCAGCCCAGAUUCCUCCCAAAAAAGAUGCUCAAACCAAGUUAUCCAGCCAAGAUGAUCAGGAAGAUUCUGCUUACAGUCGACACAACGAAUUCUCUGAGGUUGCCAAGACUUUGAAAAAGAAUGAAAGCCUCAAAGCCUGUAUUCGCUGUAAUUCACCUGCAAAAUAUGAUUGCUAUUUACAGCGGGCAACCUGCAACCGAGAAGGCUGUGGAUUUGAUUAUUGUACAAGGUGUCUGUGUAAUUAUCAUACUACCAAAGACUGUUCAAGUGGCAGGCCCCUAAAAGCCAGUUGUAAAAUGGGUCCUCUGCCUGGUACCAAAAAAAGCAAAAAGAAUUUACGAAGAUUGUGA